AUGAUCGACCACCUCGACCCGCCCGUGAACGUCUCCCCCGACGCGACGUCCGACGAGCACGAGAACCACGAGAACCACCACGGCGAGGACGACCCUGACGAAGCCCGUCGCCUGCGACGCGUCAAGUCCAACCGCGAGUCCGCGCGAAGGAGCCGCGCGCGAAAGCAGCAGCGUCUCGUCGAGCUCGAGCGCUCGACGCGCGUCCUCGACGACGACGUGCGGCGAACGCGACAGAACGUGGCGCUGAUGUCGAGCGUGAUGUAUCACGUCGUGGAGGAGAACCGACAGCUCGAGAGCGAGUGCGCGGCGAUCGGAAGGCAGAUUCUCGCGAUGAACGAGCAGGCGGUCGCGAAGGCGCGCGCCGACGCCAUCGCGCAGGGAGCGAUGGCGCGACGAGGGGGAGGGACGACGACGACGGGGACGGGCGCGUCGGGAGGGGCGGGGGCGGGGAUGAUAGGGAGGGUCGACUCGCCGAAAUCGCCGCAUCGCAUCCGACGCGCGCCUUCGCUGACCGUGGUGCGCGAGGAAGAGGCCGAGUACGCGUUCCACGCCGGAGGGACGACUUCCGCGGCGUGA